AUGCCUGUGCCUUCUCGCUCACUGGACAUCCUCGUCGUGGGUGCCGGCCUGGGCGGUCUUGCUGCCGGUUUGGCCCUCCAGACUGACGGCCACAAAGUCACCAUCCUCGACGCAGUCACAGAGUUUGCCGAAGUUGGCGCCGGGAUUCGCAUUCCGCCGAACUCGUCUCGCCUGCUCAUCCGUUGGGGUGUCGACCUCGACCGCAUAAAGAAGUCGACUGCCAGUCGCUACCACUUUAUCCGCUGGAAGGACGGCGCCACCAUCUUCAACCUACCCUUUGUCGACAGCGUCCAGGACCACGGCGCGCCCUACUGGCUGGUCCAUCGUGCUGACCUUCACGCUGCUCUGCUCGAUGCCGCCCGUCGUGCCGGUGCCACCAUUGUAACGAGCAGUCGUGUCGUCGUCUACGACAUGGAUGCCCCCAGUGUCACUACCGCCGACGGGACGGCAUACACGGCCGAUCUCGUCAUCGGUGCCGACGGCAUCAAGUCCACCUGCCGUCCCUUGUUGACCGGUCGGCCCGACGUUCCUCGCGACACUGGCGACGUGGCCUAUCGCAUCCUCAUCCCUGCCGAGAAGCUGCUGGCCGACCCGGACCUCGCUCCCCUCAUAACGCAGCCGUGCUCAACGUCGUGGUGUGGCCCAGAUGCCCACCUCGUCGGCUAUCCCAUCCGUGCCGGCGAGCUGUACAACGUCGUCGUCUGCGCUACCUCUCGCAACGAGACGACAUCCAACACCUGGGUCGUUCGCGGCGACAAUUCUGAGCUGCGCCUCCGCUUCGCCUCCUGGACCACCCAGGUCCGCAAGCUCUGUGCCCUCACCGGCGACUUCCUCAAGUGGCGGCUAUGCGACCUGCCCAAUCUCACUCGCUGGGUCCAUCCCUCCGGCAAGGUUGUCCUGCUCGGCGACAGCUGCCACCCCAUGCUGCCCUACCUCGCCCAGGGGGCUGCCCAGGCUUUUGAGGAUGCCAGUGUUCUGCGUCAGGUCUUGCGUGUGGCCUUGUCUUCGGCCGACUUGUCAAUGGGAUCUGAUGGCGCCACAUCAUCGCUGCCGCCGCCCGACCUCCAUGCUGCCCUCUUGCGCUACGAGAGGAUCCGCAUGCCGCGUGCCAGCCUCGUGCAGUCCACCACCCGUGAGCACCAGCACCUGCUGCACAUUGACGAUGGGCUGGAACAAGAAGAGCGCGACCACAGGCUGUCCCGUGACCAUCCCGACAGUCCCGUCUUCUGGGGAUAUGUGGAGCGUAAGAACUGGCUGUUCGGCCACGAUGCCGACGUCAUCAUCAAGGAGGGCGACAACUGGCGCGAGGGUGCCGGUCUGCAUGUUGUCCAGGCGAGCCAUGUCGUUGACGGCGUCCAGGGCGCAGGCACAAAUGGUGUUGGGGGCAUCAACGGUGUUGCCGUACAUUAA